GAAUUUUCUUUAAAAAAAAAAUGGAUGGAUUCAUAAAGAUGGAAAGACAAAAGUUUCCAUUCACCAUUGAGAACAUUUUGAACAAAUAUCCAAGCAGCAAUGGAAAAAAACACGCAGGCGAACCAGAUGAUCUCGGACUGGAGGAGAAGACAUGUCCUGAACCUGUUCAUCACACCUGCUUGUGCUGCUGUUUCUGCUCCCACUGCGCCAGCAUGUUCCACUCUGACCUCAUCCAUGAAGCACAUCAGUAUGGAUGGAGCCCUGCAACCAUGAUGUCAGAGCCAGCCAAGCUGGGGGAGGCUUACAGAGAGGAGCAGCAGCAGCAUAAGGGAGGUCAGGUACAGAGGCGAACCAGGCGUCACCGUACAAUCUUCACAGAGGAACAGCUGGAUGCACUGGAGGAGCUCUUCCUGCAGAACCAGUAUCCAGAUGUGAACACAAGAGAGAAACUUGCUCAACAAACUCACUUGAGAGAAGAAAGAGUAGAAGUUUGGUUUAAAAACCGAAGAGCUAAAUGGAGGCGUCAGAAAAGACUUUCAUUUGUUGUCGGAAACACUAAGGACUAAUGUUUUUCAUACAGAUCAUACAAUAAGGAACUUUUUUAGAGAAUAAUGCAAUAUUUAUGGG